AUGGGUCUCAUUAUGUCUAACAUAUCAAAUGUGCCAACUAAUGAAGAGAAAAAUGCAGGUGUUUCGCAAAAAGAGCCAAUAGCAGACGCAAAACUAAUUCAAGGCAGUAAAAAGCAGAAAUCUACCAAGAAAUCAAGAGAUCCUUCCACACUAACACCCGAGUACAUAGAGGAGCAGAGAAGACAGAGAAACUUAAAAAAAGAGAAGAAAAAACAAGAACUUCUUGCUCAAGGAAUCGACCCUAAUGCUGUGAAUACCCCUGUUGAACUAAGAUUUAAAACGAGGGAAUUACUUGAGCUUCCAAAUAAUGUAGCUAGUGAUGAUUCCUUUAAGAUAAAAAUUAUGUCAUAUAAUAUAUUAGCACAAGCAUUAAUUAGGAGAAAAUUGUUUCCGACAAGUGGGAAUGCAUUAAAAUGGUCAACAAGAUCACAAGUUUUGUUAUCAGAAUUUAAACAUUAUGACGCAGACAUAUUAUGUUUACAAGAGUUAGACUUUAUUCAGUAUAAUUCAUACUGGCGCAAAGAAUUGGGAAAACUAGGAUAUGACAUGAAAUAUUAUAGAGCAGAUACUAAAAAUCACGGAUUAGCCAUUGCAUUCAAGUCGGAUAAAUUUAUUUGCAAGCAUCAAAGUUUCAUGUACUAUGAUAAAGAAACUUCGGGGGAGUUGAGACCAAGAACCGCUACUCAGAAUAUUGGAUUUUUGGCAUGUUUAGAGUUUACGCCUGACAUAUUAACGAAGUAUAGUAAUAUUUCAAGAAAUGGAAUAAUCAUUGGAACAACACAUUUAUUUUGGCAUCCAUUUGGUACCUUUGAAAGAACCAGACAAACUUAUUUAAUUUUAAAGAAAUUCAAAGAAUUCCGGUCUACGAUGAAUACUCUUAAAGGUAAUGAUGAUGAUUGGUACGGUUUCUUUGCUGGAGAUUUUAAUUCGCAACCAUUUGAUGCGCCAUACUUAUCCAUAACUGCCAAACCAGCCCAUUAUGCAGAAAGAGCUCGUAUAGUUCUUGGAUGCUCGCUAUCUUAUCAGUAUUCAAAAAAUAGAGGUGUUAUAGAUCAAGAAGAUGACAAUGGGGAUGAGGAUAAAGAAAACGGACAAGAGGAAGAAGGUGGUAAUAUUGAAAAGUUUGGUAGUAAUCAGCCAAAAGACCCAGUUCCAGAGUCGUUUAAACCUACAACUGAACAAUUGAAGUUAGUUAAUUCAAUGGAAGAUUUACACAAUUCAUUAGAUAUGAGAGCUAUCUCCUUAUAUUCAGUUGGCUAUAAAUUGGUCGAUCCAGAUAAUGCUGGCCUUGAUAACAAUCGAGAUGAACCAAUUUUCUCAAAUUGGGCCCAUGCCUGGAGAGGUUUAUUGGAUUAUAUUUUUGUAAUUAGUUCCUGGGAUGCUACAAGAGAAUCGUUUUCCGACAAAGUAGAUACAGUCGAGGACGUUGAACAUAAUAACGGUGUUCGGAUAACAAAAUUGUUGAAAUUGCCAUUACCAAAGGAAAUGGGACCAGAACCUUCAGGACAACCAAGACUCGGUCAAUAUCCAUCUGAUCAUCUUUGUUUGAUGGCCGAAGUUGCAUUAUGUUAA